GCUUGUAAACAUUUUGCAAUCUUUGUGGCGGCGUUUGGUGAAAUGCGUAUUAAAUUAUAAAAAUAACGCGGUCAGUGUGCAUAGCUUAUGCCGAUUUCUAAGUUAUCGUAAUAUAGCGCAAACCAAAGAUGCGUCGCACUAGAGUUCGGAAUAAAAGUUUGUCCUCAGGAUCAGAGAGUGACGGUUCAACUUCGCCACCAAAGAAAAAGAAAGCAAAGCGGCGCACAGCAAACAAUGACGACGAUGAAAUGCUCAUGGACUCAUCUACAUCUCGAGUGGUUCGCAAGCAAACAACUAAUGCAAAUUCUUCCUGGGAACAUCCUGCGUACGGAGUGACGCCUCGGAGUGCAUUUAAAAGUUGUGGAAAGAUUAUUUCUAUACGUCUAAUAAAUUUUAUGUGCCAUUCCCAUUUGUACAUUGAGUUUGGACCAAAUAUUAAUUUUCUUGUUGGCAGCAAUGGCAGCGGCAAAAGCGCAGUGAUCGCAGCUCUUGCCCUAGGAUUGGCCGGCAGUGCACGCAACACAAGUCGCGCAAGCAGCAUACAGAAGCUAAUAAAAAAUGGACAGACAAAUGCAUCCAUUGAGCUUACACUAUCCAAUAUGGGACAUCGACCAUUUAAGUUCGACAUUUAUGGCCCACACAUCACGAUCGUACGGCAAAUUCGUCAAUCAUCUUCGACAUAUGAGAUAAAAGACUCUCAUAACAGAACAGUAUCCAGAAAACUAGAUGAGAUACGGCGGCUGAUUCUUUACUUCGGCAUAAGUGUUGAGAAUCCGAUCUUUGUGCUCAAUCAGGAAGCAUCGCGUGAAUUUCUCAAAGAUCUAGAGCCCGCAUCGAAUUACAAAUUGUUCAUGAAGGCAACGCAGCUGGAUUUAUGCGCGAAUAGCUUAACUCAAUGUCACGAACAUCGAGAACAUAUAAAUUACGAUGUAAAGCUGCUUAAAAUGAAAAUGCAAAAAUUGAAAAAUUUAUGCCACGAAGAAGAGGAAAAGUUGGCAAUCAUUAAAAAUGAAGAGGCACUUAAGAUUCAAUUGAAAGAGGCUACAGCAAUGCUGGCUUGGUUAAAAGUAACUCAGAUCCAGGACGAUCUCACUAAAAUUGAACAAACCCUUAAAAUAAUUGAGAAGAAGAAUGUUGAUCUGUCACAAAAAACCACCCAGAAGAACAGCACACAAGAAGGGAUCGCUCAUGCUCUUCAAGAACUUGAGCAAACCAAGCAGCGAAUUAUGGAAAAUUAUCAGGCACAGGAGGCUACGCUUAGAGCAGCUAAGCGAACUGCUCAAGACUGUCUUUAUAAAGCCAGCUCCUUUAAGGCAAGCAUUAAGAAUGUAGAGAAACGUUUGAGGGAGGAGCAAACAAACUAUGAGGGCUGUCAAAAGCAUAUGAAUAACUACCAUGCAGACUAUUCAGAAGUCAAAAGGCUUCGGGAAGAGAAUGCUGCAGCACUCGCGAGUCUUAAAGAGAAGGUGACGCAGAGUAAUGAACUUAUUGCUAGGCUCAGGGAUGAACAAACCGAAUUGAGAAACCGCUUACCAGCAACAAAAGAAAGCUUGGAGUCUGCAAAGAGUGAAUUAAGCAAAUUGCAUAAAGUUGAGCAAAGCCUGCAAUGGGAAAUGGAGUCUCUAUUGCGGAACAAAUCAAACAAAAUGUCAGUUUAUGGCGAGCACGCAAUGGAAGUGGCGAAUACGUUGCGUGCUCAAUACAGUGGCAGCAAAGCGAACCUAAUGCCGCGUGGACCGAUUGGCAUGUACAUAACAGUACCUAAUCCAAAGUAUAGGGAUCUAAUAGAGAAUCAAUUAUCACAUUGCCUGCGCUCGUAUAUAGUUAGCACAGACAAGGAGAGAAUGUCCCUUAGAGCUCUGCUCCAAAAAACGUAUGCAGGUGGCAAUAUGCCAACCAUUGUUACCAGUGCCUUUACAAGUCGGGUUUAUAAUGUCUCCAAGUAUAAAGUGCAAUGUAGAUCUUCAAAUACGACCGUGUUGAUGGAUGAAAUUAGAUGUGACGAUCCUGUCGUAAUGAACUAUCUUAUUGAUACGAUACGCAUUGAGACGGUGUUGCUGACAGAAUCUAAAGAGACAGCCGAAUCUCUGACAUCGAAUUUGGAAAACGUGCCACCUAAUUUGACUCGCAUAUUAGUUCCAAACUUGGGGCUUGAAUAUUCUCCAUCCCCCAACUAUGCCAUGUACUCCAUUCAAAUAACACCUGCCAGAUUUAUUCAGGUAAAUGUCGAUGAUCGCAUUCGGCAGCUGAAGACAGAGCAAAAUAGUCUGCAGGAGCGUGCUGCGAAUCUACAGCCACAGUGUGCUAUGGCAAAGCAAAAGUUGGACAGUGACGCACAGGAGAUAAGCGCGAAAAGCGCUAUGAUUAAUGCAUAUCACACUGAAAACACAAAAGCGAUGAAAAAAAUUAUAGAUAUAGAGAACUUUGAAUAUCGGGAAUUCCCUGCUUUUGACGUUCUAGAAACUCAUUUAACGACCAGCCGUGAGAAAAUAGAAAAACUUAACGAAGAGCGUAAUAUCUUAGAAAAUCAACUUCGGGAUAUAAACGAGCGUAACACUCAAGUUAACGAAAACGCUAAAAAAGAACAAAGUAUUCUCGACAGUCUUAAUACAAAAAUUGGCGAAAUUGACGUGAAAUCGCAGGAAUUACAAAGGAGAGUUAGAGACUUGGAUCGUCAUUUUGAGGAAAACCAACGACGCUUAAAACAAACUAACGAGCUACUUAAAACAACGCAAAAAGAUAAAAAAGAGAAGGAAGCUGAAUUAGAAGUGGCGCGCCAGGAAGCACAGAAAGUCGGUGACUUUAUUGAAACAAAUAAGUCGGAAGAAAAAAUCCGUGAUAAAAUUAGUCGUUAUAAAGCAAAAAUAAAACAUUACGAAUCGAUGAAAUUGAAUGGUGAAGAAGUGGAGCAAAAAUUAUCCAAAUUGCGUGAUAUUCUAAAAACAGAAUCGGAUAUUUUGGACAAUAUUUUAUGUGUCGUAGAGAAGUUACGCAUUGAAUAUCAUUCUAGAGCACAACGAUUUCAGCGUUCACGUUAUCAUUUCUUCACCAUGGUAGAGUUUCACUUCAAGCAAGCACUAGUCUGUCGUCAAUUUGAAGGCAAUCUGGAACCCAAUCAUAGAGAUAAGACAUUGCAGAUCAGUGUUUACCCACCGAGUGGUAAUAGGACUUCAAAUAUGAGAAGCUUGUCCGGCGGGGAAAGGUCAUUUACCACGGUGUCUUUACUGAAAGGACUAUGGAGCACAUCCUCACAUCCAUUUUACUUCCUCGAUGAAUACGAUGUUUUUACUGAUGAAGUGAAUAGAACUUUUAUUACAAAAUUGCUGAUUCAAGAGGGAAUGGAUUUUCCUAACAGACAGUAUUGUUUCUUAACUCCACAAGAUACGAAAGUUGAUGCAAACCACCUUAUUACAGUACACAAAUUGGAAACACCAGAUCGGUAAUAUAGGGCUCCUUUUUCCAAACAUUGGUUGCUGGACGACUGCUCUUACUAAUUGACGAAAAAACGUACUCAUAUAAUAUUUAUUUAAUUUCAUGGGAUUUGUAGUUUAUAGUAUAAGUUGAAAUAUGUAGUUUUUCAUUUAAACAGUUUUUGAAUAUAUUUUAAGACAUAAAAAUAAACUGGUGUGGCAACUCUGAGUUGGCUGAUGUGGUAGCGCAAAAUUGUCACGUUCAAGCUGCAUGA